GUUUGUCCUUGGCGGCGCUGAUUCGCUCGUGGCGAUUCGUCAAGCCAGAAGUUUAUAUUUGGACGCUGGUUGGCGACGGGUUGUGGAAACGGGAGGUAACGCAGUCACGAGUGUUCACAGCUUGGCUGACGCGUUAAACCGGAGGAAGACAGAAGCUUGCUUCCAGAUUGCAUAGGAGAUUGCGUCGCCUGAACAUCUUGCACCGUGGAAUCGUUCUUUCCUGCAUUUUUUCGAUAACAGGCAUUGAAGAUGGCCUUCAAGUCGGCUGCCAUAGGUAUACUGCUGGCGCUUAUGUUUAGCGGUGUGCCAGCGGCUGAAGAUGACUGCAAGUUUCAUGAUGAACACCUCGAGCGGGCCAUCAACUCUCUGAUCGAGAAGCUUCCCGCCGAGCGGACUGAAACACGCGAGGAGGGUUCAGAGCCACCGGAAGGAUUCGACAUCAUUGAGUUUAAAUUCCUGGGUCUGAACUCCCUGAGACCUUUCGGCCCGUUCCUCACAUUCUGCAGGAACGGCAGCCGAUUCGUCCAGUUUGACUUGGUCAACAAGAGGCCCCUCAUUCUCGUGGGAACGAUUAAGGGCAACGAUAGCGACACCAACGAACUCUUGACUCGGGCCCUGCUAGUUCGAUUCACCGCACAGUUUGAAGUGGAAGGAUCCGGAGAGGAUGUGAAGAUCCAUCCCACGGUGAACAUGCCGGUGUCCAUGGUCGGCCUGUCCAUGAUUCUGAAGACUGUCGACAAAGAAACAAAAGAGGACAUUGGCAUCAUUCUCAACACGCCAAAGCCGCACUUCCUUCGCACCCUCUGGCACGGAAUGCUCUUCAGUGAGCUGGAUAAGCUUUUCGGAGAAAUAUUGCCGAAAAAAUAAACGUGUUUCUGGUCUG